AAACCGUGUCCAAAUCACCAACUCACCAUUGUUCUGAAAGCCUCCGUCUUCAAAUUUCUAUCUCUGCAGACUACGCAGAUUAGAGUGGUUUUUGAAUAUCGUAAGCCUUAAAUCUUCAAAACCCAGAAAGGAAAUACAGUAAAGUCACCAUCUUUCCAAAUAUUAAGUUGCACAGAUUGUUCAAUCACAGACCAGCCGCCUCUAUUCUCUCUCUGAAGCUCAAGAUUCGAAAAGAUGGUGCCUUUCUCUCUGCUGGGUGUGAGCUUAUGCCUUGUUGCUGGGUUGCUGGAUACAGCCAUGGGAGCAGGAAAGACCACCUCGUACUCGAGGGAGCUCGACCGUACACCCACCUGGGCUGUUGCUGGUGUCUGUGCUGUUAUCAUCAUCAUCUCAUUGAUUUUGGAGAAGGUCCUACACAAAGUUGGAAUAUGGCUUACGGAUAGGCACAAGAGAGCGCUGUUUGAAUCUCUUGAGAAGGUUAAAGCAGAGUUGAUGAUUCUAGGUUUUAUUUCGCUGAUCCUGACUUUCGGGCAGAGUUACAUUGCCAAAAUAUGUAUUCCACUCAAUGUUGCAGACACUAUGCUGCCAUGUAGAGUAGAUGAUAAGGAGGAGGAGUCAACUAGUCACCGGAGACUCUUAUGGUACGAACGCAGAUCUUUAGCUGCUGCCUCUGAUUAUAAAUGCAAGACUGGAUACGAGCCACUUAUAACAGUUAAUGGAUUGCACCAACUGCACAUCCUCAUAUUCUUCUUAGCCGCCUUUCACGUGCUAUACAGUCUUAUCACGAUGCUGCUCGGGAGGCUAAAGAUUCGAGGCUGGAAGCAUUGGGAGGCAGAGACUUCAAGUCAUAACUAUGAGUUUUCCAACGAUCCUUCGAGAUUCAGACUUACUCACCAGACAUCAUUUGUUAGAGCACACACCAGUUUCUGGACUAGGAUUCCUUUCUUCUUUUAUGUCGGAUGCUUCUUUCGACAAUUUUUUAGGUCUGUUAGUAAGGCUGACUACUUAACACUGCGCAAUGGAUUCAUCACUGUCCAUUUAGGUGCAGGAAAGAAAUUUAACUUCCAAAAAUAUAUCAAGAGAUCAUUAGAGGAUGACUUCAAGGUCGUCGUUGGAGUUAGUCCUCUAUUGUGGGCAUCAUUUGUGAUCUUUUUGCUCCUUAAUGUUAAAGGAUGGCAGGCACUCUUUUGGGCAUCCUUGAUCCCUCUCAUUAUAAUUUUGCUUGUUGGAACAAAACUUCAGGCCAUCCUGACUAAGAUGGCCAUUGAAAUUACAGAAAGGCAUGCUGUGGUUCAAGGGAUUCCUCUAGUACAAGGAUCUGACAAAUAUUUUUGGUUUGGUCGGCCUCAAUUGAUUCUUAAUCUUAUCCAUUUCGCGCUGUUUCAGAUCCCGCAUGUUUGUGGCUGCAUAAUUUCAGUUCAGAACGCAUUCCAAAUUAUAUACUUUUUCUGGAUAUGGUAUUCAUUUGGGUUGAAAUCUUGCUUCCAUGCCAAUUUCAAGCUCGCAAUCGCAAAAGUAAUUCUCGGGGUUGGUGUUCUAUGUUUGUGCAGCUACAUUACACUUCCUCUGUAUGCCCUUGUAACUCAGAUGGGUUCACACAUGAAAAGGUCCAUCUUUGAUGAACAAACAUCCAAGGCCCUUGAGAAGUGGCACAUGGCGGUGAAAAAGAAGACGCACGGAGGCAAGUCUCCUACCCGAACCCGAGGUGGUGAAAGCUCCACCAUUUCAACGAUGCGCUCCUCUACCUUGGGAGGACCCACGCUGCAUCGCUUCAAAACAACUGGUCACUCAACUCGCUCAGCCGCCAUUGAGGACCAUGAGACAUCUGAUCCCGAAACUGAUCCUAUGUCACCUUCAUCAACAACACACUUGAUUGUAAGAGUGGAUCAAAUUGAGCAACAAACCGAGAUAAAUGAACCCCACGAUGAGGAACAGACCAAUAUUCCAGACGAUUUCUCGUUCAUCCAACCUGCCCUGGAUAAAGAAAUAUGAUACCAGGGAGAAAUAUUAGAAUUAUUUGAAAUGCAGCUACCUGUAGUUGCAUAUUUUGUACAUGAAAUUUCUUGUUCUCCCUAGGACUCGGCUUGCGGCCUAUUCAUAUCUCCAGAGUACAUGUCUGCUGCUCAACGGAACACAGUAUAUUGGUUGAGUUUCAAGAGUAAUGCUAAUUUUAUUUUGGUGUUUAA